AUGCCGAAUCGGAGCAAACCCGGGGAGCCGAGGGAGACGGAAAGACAGAAACAGAGACAGCGAGAGAACGAAAACGAGAGAGAUCAGAGACGCCGAGAGCCCGAAGCCAGGGGGGAGCCUGGGGGAGACAGACGCAGAGCCAGAGACACGGUGGCCGACGAGACAGACCGCGACAGCGAGAGCCGAGAGAAACCUGCAGAGACCGGGGCGCCCGGCCAGGGGUCGGGACGCGAAGCCGCACGGAAAACGGCCCGACUGGAGCCCGAGCUCCCAGGCGGGGCCCCGAGGAGUCGAACCCGGACGGGGGCUCGAGCCGAAAGGGUCGGCAAACGACGGCGCCCAGGGCAGAGAGCCCGAAGGCGGGGAGAGACAAAGCCCGCGGCAGUGACGGCGACGGGAGGCGAGCGGGGCCCCGAGCCCGAGACGUCGGGCGGAGAGCCGCGGAGAGGGCCCCGCGGAGACGGCGGGCGCAGGGCGGGGAUCGCAGGCCUGGCGGUAGGCGCAGGGACCUCGGGCGAAAACCUGGCGGGCUCCGGGGGUCGAGCCCGAGGGGGGAGAGACCUCGGGCGCAGCGCAGAAGUCCCAAGGAGCGAAGCGCGCAGAGCCCGGGCCCGGAAGCGAGAAGGGGUACGACGGCGGCCGCGGCCCGCGAGGCGCCCACCUGGCGGCUCCUGCGAGCGGCAGCACCCGCGUCCCACCCGCGCGGAGCCCGCACCUCCCGGCCUCGCCGCUGCCGGUGAUGAGCCGCACCCGGUCGCAGCGCCGCCCGCCCGCGAUGACGGCCGCUCCGGGCUUGGGCGCUCCCCCCACCCGCGCCUCCCCGCCCCCGCCGCCUCCAGGGCCGCUCCACCGCGCACCUGGGACCCGGGCCCCACUGCAGCCAGUGCGCGCCGCGCGAACCCGCCGCCGGCCCGGGGCCGGCCCUUCUAUAUCGGCGCGUGCGGUAUCCGGGGGCGGAGGCCUGGCCCUCCCCGCGCUAGGCCGGGCCCGCGCCCUCCCCCGCCACCUAGCCUGGCUCGCUCCUUUACCCUCAUCCUCUGGGGACCCCCAUUCCCAGCCCGUUCCCCCGGAGCCCAGGCGCCCCGGCAUCGGGCAGGUGCUGGGUGUCUGGGAGCCCCGGGCCACCCGCCGGCGUUGGGAGGAGGCGAGCCCUUGUUCGCCAGCCCAGCUUGGUGGUGGCGAGGGUCAUCCUGCGGGCGCUGGCCGUUUUGUAACGUGGACGUAGGUAUUCCAGCAAACACCCUAUAUGACCGACAUGUCCUGUACACGGGACAAGAAGCAGUGAAGGCCCUUUGCGCCUCUUCCGACGGAAGACCGUGUGGAAUGGGCACCCUGACCCCUGCCUUCUUAAACAGUCCAGACAGGGUCGUCCGACACCCCGGUGCUGUGGAAAGAACCAGCCUGCCUUUGCCAGUCUCCUGGUGA